AUGGCAUUAAGAGCGGGAAAAGUUGGAGAUGCUUUGGAACUAGAAAUGAAACGACAAAGAAGAUACGAAAAGGAAGAGGAACUUGGUUUGCCACAGAACAUAGCCGAGUGGAUAACGAGAGUCGUCGAUAUCAAUGUCACGCCUCCUGCAAGUCAAUUCGUUAUUUCGAAAUUGUUUAAUCUUUUGUUUCGAUAUAACAGGGUAUUUCGCGGUAUUAAACAAGGCGGGGUAUUUGAUUACAGAACGAUACACUCUAUGCUGAAGGAUGGAGCUGUACUAUGCAAACUGAUGAACAGACUCCACGAACACGACCACCUGCCAAAACUUUCCUUCCGGAACAACGUGAAGAGCAGCUUUGUGGCCAUAGCGAACAUCGACACCUUCUGCAUAGCGGCACGCAACUACGGCGUCCCGGACAACUGCCUCUUCCAGUCGACGGAUCUCUACGAGGGACGCAAGGGUCAGAUGCUCAGUGUUCUCAACUGCCUCGAUCAGCUAGGCAAAAUUGCGAACAACAGAGGAUUUUUUCCCUUCUACCAAGUUAUCCUACCGCCCAAACCGGAUCAUGAUUAA